GCAGCCGACGUUCGUAUGCCGAGCCGAUCCCGAUUCCCACUUCUUUUCCUCGGAAGCCGCACCUGAACUCGGUGCCUCGGGGCUCUAGGCGGCCGCAGCAGCAGCAACAACAACGCGCAAGGAAACGGGGAGGGAAUGACUGCGAGGCGGCGGAGCGCGGGCCCCCCUCCCUCCCUCCCUCCUCCUUCUCCAGCCAUCCCUGCAAGGCUACCUCCUGGGCGUAGGGAAUCUCCUGAUUGGCCGGAGGAGCUGCCGGGCCCCCAAUUAAAGUGCAGCCGCGGAGCUGCGAGGAUCGUCGGGGAGAAGGAAGACCCGGUCCCCGCCGCGGUGGCAUCUUCUAGAUCGGCAGCUGGAGGGCGCGUAACCGGAUCCCCGGCGAGAUGGGUAGCAGAAUCACCUUCUUUGAGGUGGAAAUUCUUGACUGGAAGACAAAACAACAGCUCUGCUUCCUAGAAAAGGUUGAGCCACACACUACUAUAAGUGACAUCCAAGUGAUGUUCCACAAGAUGCAUCCUCAGUGGUAUCCAGCAAGACAAUCUAUAAGGCUUGAUCCUAAAGGAAAGUCCCUGAAGAAUGAAGAAAUCCUGCAACUGCUCCCAGUUGGCACCACUGCUACUCUCUAUUUUAAAGAUUUAGGGCCGCAAAUUGGAUGGACCAUGGUGUUUUUGAUAGAAUAUACGGGCCCACUGUUCAUCUAUUUUGUGUUUUAUCUCCGUAUGCCUUUUAUCUAUGGCCAGGAAGACAGAUUUACUUCAGGCCGACAUCCAGUAGUUAACUUGGCAUGUAUCUGCCAUUCUUUCCACUACAUCAAAAGGUUGAUUGAAACAAUAUUUGUUCAUCGGUUCUCCCAUGGGACUAUGCCACUGAGGAAUAUUGUUAAGAAUUGUUUCUAUUACUGGGGAUUUGCUGCCUGGCUUGCUUUUUAUAUCAAUCACCCUCUUUACACACCACCAUAUUAUGGACAAAAACAAGUCAAUUUCGCCCUGAUCGUGUUCCUGACUUGUGAAGCUGGAAACUUUUCUAUCCAUGUUACACUUAGUAAUCUGAGAAGAGAUGGAAAAAGAUCCAAGACCUGUAAGAUCCCUUAUCCAACGAAGAAUCCUUUCACGUGGCUAUUUUAUUUUGUGUCAUGCCCCAAUUAUACCUAUGAGCUGGGAACAUGGAUUGGUUUUACUAUCAUGACUCAGUGCGUUCCAGUGGGAUUGUUCACCUUGCUGUGUUUCAUUCAGAUGACGGUCUGGGCAAAGGACAAACACGGCACUUAUAUACGAGAGUUUAAAGACUACCCUAGUUUUAGAAUGUCCAUCAUUCCUUUCUUAUUAUAAGAACAAUAUUUUUU